AUGAAAUUCUCAACUGUCCUAUUAUCUGCCGGUUUGGCCUCAACCACUUUGGCCCAAUUUUCUAACAGUACUUCUGCUUCUUCCACCGAUGUCACUUCUUCCACGUCUUCUGGUUCAGUGACCAUCACAUCUUCUGAAGCUCCAGAAUCUGACAACGGUACCAGCACAGCUGCUCCAACUGAAGCUCCAACUGAAGCUCCAACUACAGCUAUCCCAACUAACGGUACCUCUACAGAAGCUCCAACAGAAGCUCCAACCACCGCCCUUCCAACUAACGGCACUUCUACUGAAGCUCCAACUGAAGCUCCAACCACUGCCCUUCCAACUAACGGCACUUCUACUGAAUCUCCAACUGUUCUUCCAACUACAUCUCUACCACCAAGUAACACAACCACCACUCCUCCUUACAACCCAUCUACUGACUACACCACUGACUAUACUGUGGUCACUGAAUACACUACUUACUGCCCAGAACCAACCACCUUCACCACCAAUGGUAAGACUUACACCGUCACCGAACCAACUACAUUGACCAUCACUGAUUGUCCAUGUACCAUUGAAAAGCCAACCACCACAUCAACCACCGAAUACACUGUGGUCACUGAAUACACCACUUACUGCCCAGAACCAACCACCUUCACCACUAAUGGUAAGACUUAUACCGUCACCGAACCAACUACAUUGACCAUCACUGACUGUCCAUGUACUAUUGAAAAGAGUGAAGCCCCUGAGUCUUCUGCUCCAGUCACCGAAUCCAAGGGUACUACCACCAAAGAAACAGGUGCUACUACCAAACAUACCACAGCCAACCCAAGCCUAACUGUUUCCACAGUUGUCCCAGUUCCAUCAUCUGCUUCCUCUCAUUCCGUUGUCAUCAACAGUAACGGCGCUAAUGUCGUAGUUCCAGGUGCUUUAGGUUUGGCUGGUGUUGCUAUGUUAUUCUUAUAA